UGGCUCCGGCAGGGCAUUGUGUGUGUGUGUGUGUGUUGCGCCGCCCUCACCUGGCGAGAGGACGACAAAUCCUUUGUCUCCUAAUUUGCGAGGUUGUUCUCUCAUUCCCUCCUUCACGCCACUUCCCCCUCACGCCCAAGCCACAAACCUCGUGGCGGUGUUUUGAAAGUCUUUCACCAUGCCGCAGGGAGAUCAUAUUGACUUGCAUCGCAAGCGUCAUGGGUACCGACCGGAUUACUUCGAAAGGAAGCGCAAGAAAGAUGCGCGUGAAGUUCAUAAACGGGCGGCCUUCGCCCAGAAGGCUCUGGGUAUCAAGGGUAAGAUGUACGCGAAGAAGCGGUACUCAGAGAAGGCUACCAUGAAGAAAACAUUGGCUAUGCAUUCUGAACGAACCAAUCGCCACAAAGCUGAUGACCAAGUACAAGAUGGAGCUGUACCUGCUUACCUAUUGGAUCGUGAACAAACUGCCCGUGCUAAGGUUCUCAGCAACACCAUCAAGCAGAAACGUAAGGAGAAGGCUGGUAAAUGGGAGGUGCCUCUUCCUAAGGUGCGGCCUAUUGCUGAAGAUGAAAUGUUCCGUGUGUUGAGGACGGGAAAAAGAAAGUCUAAGCAAUGGAAACGAAUGGUGACGAAGGUCACAUUUGUUGGACCAGGCUUCACUCGCAAGCCUCCUAAGUACGAGCGGUUUAUCAGGCCCAUGGGACUUCGUUUUACCAAAGCUCAUGUAACGCAUCCAGAGCUUAAGUGCACUUUUAAUUUAGACAUCAUUGGAGUUAAGAAGAAUCCCAACGGACCUAUGUACACGUCGAUGGGAGUAAUCACGAAGGGUACCAUCAUCGAGGUGAAUGUCAGUGAGUUGGGACUCGUGACACCAGCUGGAAAAGUUGUAUGGGGUAAAUAUGCCCAAGUUACAAAUAACCCUGAAAAUGAUGGUUGCAUCAAUGGAGUGCUACUUGUGUAACGCGGACAAAUGUCAUCGGGAUCUGCAGUUAGAAAGCCUGCGUUUUUUUGGGCCCCAGCAGCCAGUUCGAAGAAAUCUGGAUGCUUUGGCGUCGUUGCUACUGCGUGAGAAGAUGCAAUUCGUGUGCGACAUUCAGCUCUCGUAGAGUUCGAUCGCUGAAGUAGAGACUCGUACUCGUUGCUGCAAGUGGGCAACGUGAAUGUGCGAGGUUUAUCGUUAGAAGGGUUAGUAACCCGAUAUAAUUCCAGUAGGCUUUGAUGACAUUUUUCCAUGUCGUUCACAAUAGGAUGAUAUUUCUUGGCUUUAUAUUGGAAUAUUCCUACUUCAACUGUAACAUGCUUCAUAAUUGGCACGGCGAUGUCACUACGAUAUCAAUUUGUAUUUCCUUUUUCAAUGAUUUUUAUUUUCUCA